UGAGGCCAGUUCCUAUGGACCAGGUGAAGAUGAGCGCCAUCUCUGAUGAGAGAGUGGACUUCAUGAGGGAACAGGCCUUUACCGUUCUACGCCUCAAAACAGACAAAUGGAACCGUUUUAUUGGAUUGGAGGAGAAUCAGAGGGCUCUGCUUGACUUCCUGGACCAGGGCUGGCGAGAGUAUCUCCUUUUGUUUGUGGGACCAGGAGGAACUCUUCAUACAGGAGAUGAACAGAGCUCCUCUCCCUGGAGGACCAAGCUUUUGUGUGUUCUUAAAAAAAAGAAGGGUGUCAUCUCCAAAACCACCUUUAGAACCCAGCUCUGGCUUGGAGAGGUUGCAGCACAACCCAUGGACCACGCUCCUGUGCUCUUCUCUCAGGUGUUCGUCUCAGUGCUGGGAAGUCCACUUAAUCAGUCCGCCUGGCCCCGGGUGGUCGGUCAGGACAUCUGCAGGCACCUUGAGCAUCUGUGCAGUGAAGCAGUCACACUGAGAGGGCGAUCACAAGGACGAACUCUACUGCCCCUGCCGCUCUGUGUGGAGAGAAAAGAUGAGCACCAGCUCAGAUCGGAUUUCUGUCUGAUUGACAGGGCGUUAUUGUACUCCAUUGAGACCAUGGUGAUCCAGUGGUGUGGACUGAUGGGCUCUGUGCUGCAGCGGGACUCGUCUAAGCUCCUGCACCAGGGGGACCACCCAGGCCCCACAGUGGAGCUCAGUUUCUGGACUAAACAGAAAGAAAACUUAUUAGGGAUCCAGAAACAGCUGCAGAACCCAAAAGUUGAUCAGGUGCUGGAAAUUCUGCUGAGGAUCAAGAGCAGUUACUAUGAUUCCUUUUAUGGCAUUAUUCAAAAAGUCAACCAUGCGGUGAUGGAGGCAGAAGACAUAGACCUACACUUGAGGACCUUACGGCGGCCCAUAGCUGCGUUCGAGGAGCGGAGCUUCACUGAUCUGGAGCCUCUGAUUCCCGCUCUGUUUCACACACUUGCUCUCAUCUGGACACACUCUCACUUCUACUGCCACCCACCACGUAUCGUCACGCUACUCACAGAGUUCUGCAACCUACUCAUUGACAAGGCGUCUGUGUAUCUAAUUCCUGAGGAGCUCUUCAAAAUGGAGUUAGAGGAGGGAAUGGACCGGGUUCGGAAGGCGAUCCAGGUGUUUUGGACAUUCAAGCGGAGUUUCCAGCAGCACAGAGACAAACUGACACCCACUGGACCAUAUGGCCGUCCAGGACUUGCGGUCAAACCUUGGGACUUUCCCUCUGAGCUUGUGUUUCACCGCACUGACUGCAUCAUGGAGAGACUGCGCAUGAUUGAGGAAUUGUUUGCCUCAGCUCUGGACUUUCUAAAGCUGGAACGGAUUGAGCUGGGCGGCUCUAGAGGAAAGAUUCUCAGUGAUAUGGUGUACAGCAUGAAUGACGAGUUCAUGGACAGCUGGAGAACUUUGAGAGAGAGCAAAUAUGAUCCUCUUGACUACAACAACAAGGAGUUUGUGCGCGACUAUAAUCGAUUCAUGGAACAGAACAGAGAUUUUGACCAGAGGCUGGGAACAGUAAUAAACUUGGCCUUCCAACACUCCCCAGGCUUAGAGUCUGCUUUUAAGCUCCUACAGAUCUUUGGUUCUCUGUUGGAGAGGCCGAGGGUUCACCAGCUUUUUGCUCCAAACUACUCUCAGCUGCUGGUCAUGUUCCAAGUGGAGGUCAACCUCUGUCAGCACAUGGUGGAAACCCACAGAGAGAAGCUGAGGAACGGCUGUCCUGUCCUUGGUAAAAACAUGCCAGCCGUUGCUGGUAACCUGAAAUGGUCUCAAGAACUCAGAGAACGGAUCCUGUCAAACCGCAGUAACCUCAGCCAGCUUACACAUAUACCAUUAGACAGUCCUGAGGCACAACAGGUGUUGCAGGUGUGUGAGUGUGUAUUGGAGGUUCUGGAUCAAAUGGAUGAAGAAGUCUACACUAAUUGGAGUGUUGAUUUAGAUGAGUUGUGCCACACACAUCUGAAUGAACCACUGCUCAUAUUGGAUGAGGAGAGCAGCUUUUACUGCUUGAACUUUAACCCUGCUUUGACAUCUGUUUUGAGGGAAGUUAAGUAUCUUGGAAUUCUGAAGAACCACAACAUUCCCAAGGCCGCUGUGAGUCUGUACUCUAAAUGGGAAAUGCUUCACAUGUACACCAGUACUCUGUUCCAGAUCACUCAGUGGUAUAAUAAACUGCAUAGCACGAUCCUGGCUGUUGAGCUGCGUUUGGUAGAGUCUGAGCUGGAGGAAGUGAGGUGUACCUUAAUGCCAGCGUUAAAGGAACUGCGAUGGAGUGACGAGCAGCUCGUUGACUACAUCAAGAGCACACGUGAUCUGGUGCGUGGUGUGUCGGAGCGUGUGCAGAAGAGCAAGGCUAACUUGGAGAAACUACAGGGGCUGAUGGGAGUUUUCAGUCACUCGGCCUGCAUUACGCGCAGGACUAAUCGUCGUGGCAAUCUACUCAACCUCACAGACGUAGAGGAGAACUUCAAGCGGCAGUACGCUCUCGUCUCUCGCACGGGAGAGAAGAUACAUGAGCUUAUGCAGGAGAAUGCUGAGCUGCUUGGUGCUGACUUGGAAUCAGAUGCUUGGCAGUCCUACACAGAACAUGUGGACAGAAACAUUCUUACUGGGUUCUGCAGUGCUGUGCGAUGUUCCCUGCAGUACUUAGUUGAGAACACGGACCCGGCGCUCCACAUCGAUCCUCUGUUCGAAGUUCAGCUGACCUUGACCUCUGACAUGACCUUUUACCCCUCGCUCAACCUCUCCAAGAAGGGCAACUUCUAUGAUAUCAUUGACCAGAUGUUGUCAGAUAUUUUUAAAAUGGCUUCUUUCAUGAAAAGAGUGGCCAAGAGCAAACAAUCUGAGACUUACAAGGCGGAUGUAGAUCAGAUACCUGAGCUAGUGGAGUUAGCUCAGCUGGUGCGACACCGUGCACGUGGGGCCAUUGCUAAGGUCAAAGAAUUCCAACACUCCUUCGAUUCCUAUCGUUACCUCUGGACUGGAGACAGGGUGGAGUUUAUGAGGCAGUUUCUGCUUUAUGGACACGCCCUCACUGCAGAGGAGGCGGAGCUUUAUGCAGAUUAUGAACUGCCCAAGAAUCCACCCAAACUGCAGAACUUCAGAGAGCAGAUCAGUGAGUUUGAGGAACUUUACGAGAAGGUGCGCGUAUUAGAGGAGAAGAGAGUAUUCUAUGGCUGGUGUCAGGUGGACAUAAAACCUUUUAAAAUAUCGCUGAUGAACAUCAUUAAAAAAUGGAGCUGGAUGUUUAAGGAACACUUACUGAACCAUGUUAAUGCCAGUGUGCAAGAGUUAGGAUCAUUUAUUGAGAAUACAGAGAUUGGGUUAGCAAAGACUGUAACCGAUGGGGAUUAUAGCAAACUGGUGGACAUCAUGGGCCACUUGAUGGCCAUCAGAGACCGCCAGGGGAGUACAGAGCAGCAUUUCAAACCUCUCAAAGCUACCUCGAACCUGCUCAAAACCUACAACCAGCAGCUUCCUGAGCAUGUUUACAUACUGUUGGAGUCCCUGCCGGAGAAAUGGAAGAAUCUUAAGAAGGUGGCAUUUACAGUAAAACAUGAGGUUGCUCCUCUCCAGUCCAAUGAAGUUGCUGUCAUCCGCAGGAAGUGUGUUCGGUUUGAGGUUAAACAGCAUGAAUUCAGGGAACAAUUCCGCACUGAGCCCAUAUUCUUUAUCAGCCUGGAGGACCCAUACAAACUCAUCGACAAGACAAAUCGUGCGGUGGCUCAUUUGGAGAGUGAGAUGUCUAAGCUUCAACAAACAGCCAAUCUGUUCGAGGUCAGUUUCCCUGACUACAAACAACUUCGGCAGUGUCGGUCAGACAUCAUCCUGGUUAAAGCAGUCUGGGAUAUGGUUAUGUUUGUCAAGUCCUGCAUCUCAGACUGGACUAAGACUCCAUGGAAGGAGAUCAAUGUGGAACAGAUGGAUAUGGAGCUCAGAAGGUUUGCUAAGGAGAUGAAGACUCUGGAUAAAGAUGUGCGUGCGUGGGACGUCUACAACGGCCUGGAAUCCAUUGUUAAGAAUUUGUUGACAUCACUGAGAGCUGUCAAUGAACUUCAAAACUUUGCUGUCAGAGAGAGACACUGGCAACAGCUCAUGCACACAACGGGGGUGAGUUUUGUGAUGGAUGAGAACACCACACUUGGUGAUCUCUUAGAGCUGCAGCUCCACCGUGUGGAGGAAGAAGUGAAGAACAUUGUGGACAAAGCAGUCAAAGAGAUGGGAAUUGAGAAGAUUCUGGGUGAGAUCCAGCAGACUUGGUCCAUGAUGUCUCUGUCGUAUGAGACGCACACAAGUACUGGAACACCUCUACUCAAAGCUAAUGAGAACCUGAUUGAAACCCUGGAGGACAACCAGGUUCAGUUGCAGAAUAUUCUCAUGAGUAAGUAUGUGGAGUAUUUCAUAGUCGAGGUGAGCGGCUGGCAGCGGAAGCUGGUGGUGGCUGAUCUGGUCAUUGGUACGUGGUUGGCGGUUCAGCGCACAUGGGCUCACCUCCAAAGUAUUUUCACCAACUCUGAGGACAUCCGGAACCAGCUGGCCCAUGACGCAGAGCGGUUUCAGGGCAUCCACCAGGACUUCCAGGGUUUAAUGAUCACUGUUGUGGAGACCAAUAAUGUGAUAAAAGUCACUAACCAGCCAGGCUUCUUGGAGCAACUUGAGACUCUACAGCAAAGAUUGUCUGUGUGCGAGAAGGCUCUGGCUGAGUAUUUGGAGACAAAGCGUUUGACAUUUCCACGCUUUUACUUUGUCUCUGCUAGUGACUUGCUGGAAAUAGUUUCUAAGGGAACUCAGCCUAGACAGGUGACACGACACUUGCUGAAGCUUUUUGACAAUCUGGCUGACCUCCGCUUCAAAGAGGAUGAUGAUGGAGCCACUGAUCCCAAAACAACUGUUGCCUUGGGAAUGUACAGUAGAGAGGGAGAAUAUGUGCCCUUCUCACAACCCUGUGUAUGUGAAGGACAGGCUGAGUGUUGGCUGAGUACUCUAGAGAAGGCCAUGCGCUCAACUGUUCGCCAGGAGAUCUCUGAAGCUGUGGCAGCAUAUGAAGACAAGCCACGUGAUCAGUGGCUGUUUGACUACCCGGCACAGGUCGCACUGACUGGCAGUCAAAUUUGGUGGGCGAUAGAUGUGGGCAUUGCCUUUGAGAGAGUGGAGGAAGGUUUCGAGACUGCCCUGAAAGACUACAACCGAAAACAGAUCGGUCAGCUGCACUCUCUGAUACACAUGCUACUGGGUGACCUUACCCCAGGGGACCGACAAAAGAUCAUGACCAUCUGCACUAUUGAUGUCCACGCUCGUGAUGUAGUCGCUAAACUCGUAUCUCAGAAGGUGACCAGUGGACAGGCAUUUGCGUGGCUGUCACAGUUACGGCACCGAUGGGAUGAGCAGCAGAAGCACUGUUACAUCAACAUAUGUGACGCACAGUUUCAGUUCUCGUACGAGUAUCUGGGGAAUACCAACAGACUGGUCAUAACACCACUCACUGACCGAUGUUACAUCACUCUGACUCAGUCUCUGCACCUCACCAUGAGUGGCGCCACCUCUGGUCCUGCCGGAACUGGCAAGACAGAAACCACCAAAGACCUUGGCCGAUCGCUCGGCAUUAUGGUCUAUGUGUUCAACUGCUCAGAGCAAAUGGACUACAAGUCCAUAGGGAAUAUCUAUAAAGGUUUGGCCCAGACGGGAGUGUGGGGUUGUUUUGAUGAGUUUAACAGGAUCUCUGUGGAGGUUCUGUCUGUGGUUGCUGUGCAGGUGAAAACCAUUCAGGAUGCAGUUCGCAACAAGAAACAGAGGUUCCACUUCCUGGGUGAGGAGAUCGAGUUAAGGCAAACAGUUGGGAUCUUCAUCACUCUGAACCCUGGAUAUGCAGGGAGGACUGAACUACCAGAAAACCUUAAAGCCCUUUUCAGGCCAUGUGCGAUGGUCAUUCCUGAUUAUGAGUUAAUCUGUGAGAUCAUGUUGGUGGCUGAAGGUUUUAUAGAAGCACGUCUGCUCGCACGCAAGUUCAUCAGCCUCUAUACACUCUGCAAAGAGCUGCUCUCCAAACAGGAUCAUUAUGACUGGGGUUUAAGGGCCAUAAAGUCAGUCUUGGUUGUUGCUGGGUCACUGAAGAGGGAGGAGAGGAGCCGCCCUGAAGAGCAGGUGCUGAUGCGUGCUCUGCGAGACUUUAACCUGCCCAAGGUUGUGACGAGUGAUGUGCCAAUAUUUUUGGGACUUAUAAGUGAUCUCUUUCCUCUUCUGGAUAUCCCACGCAAGAGGGAUAAUGAGCUUGAGCAGAACGUACGUCAGUCAGUUGCUGAACUCCACCUGCAGCCAGAGGAAAACUUCAUACUCAAGGUGACCCAGCUGGAGGAACUGUUGGCGGUGAGACACUCUGUGUUUGUAGUAGGUGGACCUGGAACAGGAAAAAGUCAGAUUCUGAAGACACUGCAUAAGACCUAUUCUAACAUGAAACUGAAGCCCAUCUGGACUGACAUCAACCCUAAAGCUGUCACCACCGAUGAGCUGUUUGGCUUUCUGCACCCAGCUACACGGGAGUGGAAAGAUGGUCUGUUUUCUUCCACUAUGAGAGAACUCUCUGCCAUAUCACAUGAUGGACCGAAGUGGAUUGUUCUAGAUGGAGACAUCGACCCCAUGUGGAUUGAAUCACUGAAUACUGUCAUGGAUGAUAAUAAGGUGCUUACGUUGGCCAGUAAUGAGCGGAUAUCACUGACCCCCUCCAUGCGUUUGCUGUUUGAGAUCAGCCACCUGAAGGCUGCAACACCGGCUACAGUAUCUAGGGCUGGAAUUCUUUACGUGAACCCUCAGGAUCUGGGCUGGAGUUCGUUUGUGACAAGCUGGAUAGACACCCGUCAGGCCCAGUCGGAGCGAGCAAAUCUCACUAUAUUGUUUGAUAAGUAUGUACCCUACUGUCUGGAGCAGGUCAGAUGCAACCUGAAGACGAUCACACCUAUACCUGAGAUGAGUAUGGUACAGACCCUGUGCUGUCUGCUGGACUGCUUGCUGACUGAUGAAAACACCCCUCCGGACUCUCCCCGUGAGCUCUAUGAGCUCUACUUUGUGUUUGCAUGUGUGUGGGCCUUUGGAGGGGCUCUAUUCCAGGACCAUCUGAUAGACUAUCGUUCAGAGUUCAGUCGUUGGUGGUGUAAGGAGAUGAGAGCUGUGAAGUUUCCCUCUCAGGGAUCAGUGUUUGAUUACUACAUCGACCCCAACACCAAACGGUUCACUCCGUGGAGUGAACGCACGCCUCCCUUUGAGCUGGAACCCGACAUCCCUUUGCAGAGAGGUGAGAGAAUGAGAAAGCGCAGCUUCGCUCUGCCAGAGCAUGUGCGGUACCCUAUAGACCUGGUGCACCUAUGGCUGCACGAGUCUUCUCGUGUGUAUUCAGACAAACUGAUGGAGGAGAAAGACGUUGAGCUGUUCAACAAGAUUCUGCUAGACACAGGCAAAAGAUACUUUGAGGGUAUAGAUGAGUCUAUAUUUAUCAACCAGCCAUUGAUCUACUGUCAUUUCGCUCAUGGUAUGGGUGAGCCACGCUAUGCACAGGUGACAGACCUGGAGAAGCUUCAGAAGAGCCUGAUGGAUGCUCUUGAGCACUACAAUGAGCUGCACUCUGACAUGAACCUAGUGCUGUUUGAGGAAGCCAUGCAACACAUUUGUAGGAUAAGUCGUAUUCUUGAGUCUCCUAUGGGUAAUGCCUUGCUGAUUGGAGUAGGUGGUAGUGGGAAGCAGAGUCUCUGUCGGUUGGCUGCUUUUCUUAGCGUCUUGGAAGUAUUUCAGAUCACACUUAGAAAGGGUUAUGGCAUCAGUGACCUGAGGAGUGAUAUUGCUGCACUGUACAUAAAGGUGGGAGUGAAGAACAUCGGCACAGUCUUCCUGCACACAGAUGCCCAGAUUCCCGAUGAAAGAUUCCUGGUCCUGAUCAACGACAUGCUAGCAUCAGGGGAUAUACCUGAUCUCUUCAGUGAGGAAGAGGUUGAUAUGAUCGUCACCUCUAUUCGUGUGGAGUUGAGGGCGCUUGGUUUGCUGGACACACGUGAAAACUGCUGGAAUUUCUUCAUUGAUCGUAUACGCAGACAGCUCAAGGUGGUGUUGUGUUUCUCUCCGGUUGGCUUCACUCUUCGUACACGUGCACGGAAAUUUCCGGCUCUUGUGAACUGUACCGCCAUUGACUGGUUCCAUCCUUGGCCCCAGCAUGCACUGCAGUCCGUCAGCAGCACUUUUAUACAAAAUAUCUCUGGCCUGGAGCCAGAGGUGCGAGUGUCCAUCAGUGAAUUUAUCUCGUUCGCACACACUAGUGUGAACGAAGUCAGUGUAAAGUAUCAGCAGAAUGAAAAACGUUUCAACUACACCACACCCAAAAGCUUCCUGGAGUUCAUGAAACUUUACGGCAACCUGCUGGGGACAAAAAGAAGAGAAUUGAGACAGAAGAUGGAACGUCUGGAGAACGGCUUGCAGAAACUACUGAACACUGCAUCACAGGUGGAGGAUCUGAAGGCUAAACUGGCCACACAGGAAGUGGAGUUGCAGCUAAGAAAUACUGAUACUGAAGCUCUCAUCGCUAAAAUUGGCCAACAGAGUGAAAAACUCAGUCAGGAGAGGAGCGUAGCAGAUGCAGAGGAGCAAAAAGUAGAAGCAAUUCAAGCAGAAGUGACCAAACAGCAGCAGGAGACUGAAGCAGAUUUGUGGAAAGCAGAACCGGCUUUACAGGCAGCUAAUGCAGCACUCAACACACUCAACAGGCUGAAUCUAACAGAGUUGCGGACGUUUCCGAAUCCUCCCGCCAUCGUAUCGAAUGUGUCUGCAGCUGUUCUGGUGCUCCUGGCUCCUGGCGGCCGAAUCCCUAAGGAUCGCAGCUGGAAAGCAUCUAAAGUUGUCAUGAGUAAAGUGGAUGACUUCUUACAGGCGCUGGUUAAUUUCGAUAAAGAGCACAUCCCUGAAGCCACAGUGCGUGUCAUCAAAGACGAGUAUCUGAGUGAUCCUGAGUUUAAUCCGGAGUUUGUCCGUCUGAAAUCGUCUGCCGCGGCCGGUCUCUGUGCCUGGGUCAUUAACAUCAUCCGCUUCCACGAGACGUAUGUGUUGUGUGAGGUGGAGGUGAAGAGGAUGUGUCUGUCUCAGGCCAACGCUGACUUGGCUGAGGCUGCAGAAAAGUUAGAGGUCAUCAGAAAGAAGCUGACCGAGUUGGAUGGUAGUUUGGACACACUGAAAGCUGCGUUUGAAAAAGCAACCUCGGAGAAACUCCGCUGUCAGGAUGAGGUGAACCACACCAACAACACCAUCAAGCUGGCCAACCGCCUGGUCAAGGGUUUAGAGUCAGAAAAUGUCCGCUGGGUACACUCUGUGGCUCAGUACCGCGAGCAGGAAUCCACUCUGUGUGGAGACGUUCUCCUCACUGCAGCCUUCAUCUCAUACGCUGGCUCGUUCUCAAAGAGAUACAGAGAGGAGUUACUCCAUAACCUCUGGAUGCCUUACCUGCGUGCCCAGAAGGUGCCCAUCCCUAUGACUGAGGGCUUAGAUCCCAUCUCCAUGUUAACAGAUGGCGCUACCAUUGCGAAGUGGAAUAACGAGGGCUUGCCGGGUGAUAAGAUAUCUACUCAGAAUGCCACUAUAUUGACCAACUGUGAACGCUGGCCGCUGCUCAUUGACCCCCAGCUGCAGGGCAUCAAGUGGCUCAAGAGUCGCUAUGGCAACAGCCUUAAGGUUAUUAACCUCAGCCAGAAGGGGUAUGUGGAUGUGAUUGAACAGGCCGUGGUCUCAGGACAGCCUGUGUUGAUUGAGAAUCUAGAGGAGACAAUUGAACCAGUUAUUGAUCCACUACUGGGCCGACACACCAUCAAGAAGGGCAGAUGUAUUAAAGUGGGGGAUAAGGAAUGUUAUUUCCAUCCUGACUUCCGUCUGAUUCUACACACUAAGCUGGCAAACCCGCACUAUAAACCUGAGAUCCAGGCCCAGACCACCCUCAUCAACUUUACCGUCACACGGGACGGGCUCGAGGACCAGCUGCUCGCGGAGGUGGUCAACCUGGAGAGACCAGACCUCGAACAUCUCAAGUCUGAACUGACUAAACAACAGAACACGUUUAAAAUCGAGUUAAAGCAGCUCGAGGAUGAGUUACUGACACGUCUCUCCGCCGCUGAGAAUAACUUCCUGGGAGACAACGUUCUGGUCGAGAAACUCGAGAGCACUAAACACACAGCUGCCGAGAUUGAGAUGAAGGUGUUGGAGGCGAAGGUUAAUGAGGUGAAGAUUAAUGAGGCUCGUGAACACUACCGGGCCGUGGCUGUCAGAGCAUCCCUGCUCUACUUCAUCAUCAAUGACCUUAACAAGAUCAACCCCAUGUACCAGUUCUCCCUCAAGGCAUUUAACGUUGUGUUCCACAAGGCGGUGCAGAACGCAGAUGCCUCUUCUGAUGUAAAGACCCGUGUAAACACACUGAUAGAUUGUAUCACCUUCUCUACGUUUAAUUACAUCAACAGAGGCUUGUUUGAGAGAGACAAGCUCACUUUCGCGGCACAGCUUACAUUUCAGUUGUUGUUAAUGAGUAAAGAGGUGGAUCCUCGGGAGCUUGACUUUCUGCUGCGCUUCAACAUUGACCAUAAUUAUGCCAGUCCAGUCGACUUCCUUUCCAACACCGCCUGGAGUGCUGUUAAAACAAUGAGCUUCACCGAUGAGUUUCGUGGUCUGGACCGGGACAUCGAGGGCUCACCCAAACGCUGGAAGAAAGUGGUGGAGUCAGAGUGUCCAGAGAAAGAGAAACUCCCUCAGGAAUGGAAAAGCAAGAGUUCACUCCAGAAACUCAUCCUUAUGAGGGCUCUCCGACCCGACCGGAUGACGUACGCUGUCCGGAACUUUGUGGAAGAGAAACUAGGUGUGCAGUACACCGAGAGCAGGAAGAUGGAGUUUGCACGUUCAUUCAAAGAGUGCGGUCCUGCUUCCCCUGUAUUCUUCAUCCUGUCCCCUGGAGUGGACCCCCUAAAAGAUGUCGAGUCCCUGGGCAAGAAGCUGGGUUUCACAAUAGACCUGGGAAAGCUCCAUAACGUGUCUCUAGGACAGGGCCAGGAAUCUGUGGCUGAACUUGCCAUGGAAAAGGCCUCCAGAGAGGGCCAUUGGGUCAUUUUACAGAACAUUCACCUGGUGGCAAAGUGGCUGGGAAGUCUUGAGAAGCUUCUCGAAUGUUGCUGUGAGAACAGUCACCAAGACUACAGAGUGUUCAUGAGUGCAGAACCCUCUCCCACUCCACAGGAACACAUCAUUCCACAGGGAAUUCUGGAAAAUUCCAUCAAAAUCACUAACGAGCCACCCACAGGCAUGCUGGCCAACCUGCAUGCUGCUCUGGACAACUUUGAUCAGGACAUUCUGGACCAGUGUUCCCGUGAGCAGGAGUUUAAGACCAUCCUAUUCUCGCUGUGUUAUUUCCACGCUUGUGUGGCUGAAAGGAGGAAAUUUGGGCCACAGGGCUGGAACAGAAAGUACCCUUUUAACACAGGGGAUCUCACCAUAUCAGUGAAUGUGCUCUACAACUACCUAGAAGCCAACUCACAGGUACCAUGGGAAGACCUUCGUUACCUGUUUGGUGAGAUCAUGUAUGGAGGUCACAUUACUGAUGACUGGGACAGGAGACUGUGCAGAACUUACCUGGAAGAAUACAUGCAACCUAAUCAGUUCGACAGGAAGUUGUCACUGGCCCCAGGAUUAGUUGUGCCUUCUAACUUGGAUUACCAAGGCUAUCAUGCGUACAUAGAUGAGAUGCUGCCCCACGAAAGCCCAGUGCAUUAUGGGCUUCAUCCAAACGCUGAGAUUGAGUUUCUUACAGUGACGUCAGACAGCCUCUUCCACACUCUCCUGGAGCUGCAGUACAGAGACUCCAACAUGGGUGAAGGAGCCUCACAGACCACCGAGGAGAAGGUGAAGACGAUCUUGGAUGACAUCCUGGAGAAGCUACCAGAAGAGUACAACAUGUCUGACAUCACGUCCAAAACAGCCGAGCGCUCGCCCUACAUUCUGGUGUGUUUGCAGGAGUGUGAGCGCAUGAACAUGCUCCUCAAUGAAAUCAGACGCUCGCUCAAAGAGCUGGACCUGGGGCUGAAGGGAGAGCUGGCAAUUUCAUCCGAGAUGGAGCAGAUACAGACCGCUUUGUUUUUUGAUAAUGUUCCUGACACCUGGACCAGACUGGCCUACCCCUCUAUAUACAGCCUCGGACAGUGGUACAAUGACGUGUUACUGCGCUGUAGAGAGUUAGAUAGUUGGACUCAUGAUCUCUCUCUGCCUAGUGUGGUCUGGAUCUCUGGUUUAUUUAACCCUCAGUCGUUUCUAACAGCUGUGAUGCAGAGUUUGGCACGCAAGAACGAAUGGCCGCUGGACAAGAUGAAUUUGACGGUGGAUGUGACCAAGAAGUUCAAAGAGGAGUUUAACCAGCCAGCCAGAGAGGGAGCCUACAUCUAUGGCCUUUACAUGGAGGGUGCACGCUGGGAUAUUCAGGGUGGGACAAUCGCAGAAGCACGCCUGAAGGAACUGACUCCCAGCAUGCCUGUUAUAGCUGUUCGAGCCAUCCCGAACGACCGCCAAGAGAUGCGCAAUACCUACGAAUGCCCCGUUUAUAAAACCAAACUACGUGCUAACACGUAUAUCUGGACCUUCAGCCUUAAGACCAGAGAGAGGCCAGCAAAAUGGGUUCUUGCAGGGGUCGCUCUGCUGCUUAGUGUGUGAUGCUGAGAAACACAGGAAAGGACAUUCAUUUAUUUUAAGCAAAGCUUCUUGUAGGUAAAAACGUCAACUGGUCUUUCUUUCUCUACAGUGUGCACCAACUUUAAACUGUUUUUUAUGGAAGCUUGUUUCCGCCAUAGAAUGAAAAAUAUAAAAGGUAAUUGCGACUU